CACAAGGCUUUUUUUUUUUUUAUUUACAGGUACUACAUAAGUAAAUAACUCUCUCUCUUCUUCACUACAGUGUCGUCGUCGUAUGGUUUUCGUUUGUAAAGAUUCCUCCAUAAGCACAGAGCAUUAAAAAGAGAGAGAGAGUUAAGCAAAAACCAAAGCAAAAGAAAAUUGUAGAGAGAGAAAUUUAUAAAAACUAGUGCAAUAACUCUCCGGGUCCGGGAAAUGCCCUUCUCUCCGGUUCCGUUUCCUCAUAACCACCAAACAACAUCAAAUGCCCAACCCAACAAAUGCUGCCAUAAAUAACAAUAAGAGAGUUUAAAGCAGGAGAGAAAUUUGCGGAGAGAAGAGCGUGAGGGGUGUUUUUUUAUGUGAGCUACAAAAUGCGUGAAGGACUUAUCGUUGAUGAGGUAACCGGCGUCGUUUCAACCACAAAGAAGAAGAAAUCAGGAGAGCUAGACAAUACUACUACUAAUAAUAAGCAGCUAGAUAAGGUUAUACUACUCGUGGCAGACCAAGAUAUCACAAAACAAGCAGCUAUUCCACCACUACCCAUUGUUGUUAGCCGCGCUCGAUCCCAAUCCACCACCCGCCGUGUCACUCCUGCCACCACGGUCGUCACUGCCAGCAGCUCGUCAGGCACCACUGUAGAAAAGCACCUCCCGAACGGGGAUCUCUACAUCGGAUCAUUCUCGGGUCACGCGCCACACGGAUCCGGGAAGUACAUCUGGACCGACGGGUGUAUGUACGAAGGCGAGUGGCGCCGCGGAAAAGCAUCUGGGAAAGGGAAAUUCUCUUGGCCUUCAGGAGCUACUUUUGAAGGGGGAUUUAAGUCGGGUCGGAUGGAAGGAUCCGGCACUUUUAUCGGAUCCGACGGGGACACGUACCGCGGGUCAUGGAGCUCCGAUCGAAAACAUGGGCAUGGGCAGAAAAGGUACGCGAAUGGAGAUUUCUAUGAAGGGACAUGGAAGAAGAAUUUUCAAGACGGGCAAGGGAGGUAUGUGUGGAAAAAUGGGAAUGAGUAUGUUGGUGAGUGGAAAAACGGCGUCAUUUCAGGGAGAGGAGUUUUGAUUUGGGCUAAUGGGAAUAGAUAUGAUGGGCAAUGGGAAAAUGGAGUGCCGAAAGGGAAUGGGGUGUUUACAUGGCCAGAUGGGAGCUGUUAUAUUGGGAACUUGAAUAAUAAUAGCAAGGAUAUAAAAGGACAGCAAUUGAAUGGCACAUUUUAUCCUGGGAAUGGGAAGGAAUGUUGUUUAAAAGGGAACAAGAGUGAUUUGGUUUUAACCGCUACAACGACGAGGAAGAGAUCGUCAGUUGAUGGAGGGCGAGGGAGUGGGAUGAAUUUUCCUAGGAUUUGUAUUUGGGAAAGUGAUGGGGAAGCUGGUGAUAUUACCUGUGAUAUUGUUGAUAAUGUGGAAGCAGAGAUGAUUUAUCGAGAUGGUUUAGGGUUGGAUCGAGAUGGGAUUAGACAGUUUAGAAGGGCCCCCUGUUGUUUUAGUGGUGGAGAGGUUAAGAAACCCGGCCUUCCCAUCUCGAAAGGGCAUAAGAAUUAUGAUUUGAUGCUUAAUUUGCAAUUGGGUAUUAGGUAUUCUGUUGGGAAGCAUGCCCAGAUUUUGAGGGAUUUGAAGCCAAGUGAUUUUGAUCCCAAGGAGAAAUUCUGGACGAGGUUUCCACCCGAAGGAUCAAAAAUUACACCUCCACACCAGUCUUCUGAUUUUCGAUGGAAGGAUUACUGCCCUGUGGUGUUUAGACGUUUGAGAGAGCUUUUUCAAGUAGAUCCUGCUGAUUACAUGCUAGCUAUUUGCGGCAAUGAUGCCCUUAGAGAGCUUUCUUCUCCGGGGAAGAGUGGAAGCUUCUUUUAUCUUACUCAGGAUGAUAGGUUUAUGAUAAAGACAGUAAAGAAAUCAGAAGUCAAGGUGCUUAUUAGGAUGCUUCCCAGUUAUUACCAACAUGUUUGCCGGUAUGAAAAUUCACUGGUGACAAAGUUCUUUGGUGUGCAUUGUGUUAAACCGAUUGGUGGACCAAAGACCCGUUUCAUUGUGAUGGGCAAUCUCUUCUGUUCAGAGUAUAGAAUACAUCGAAGAUUUGACCUGAAAGGAUCCUCCCAUGGCCGCACAGCAGAUAAGCCUGAGGGUGAGAUUGAUGAAACCACAACUCUCAAGGACCUUGAUCUCAACUUUGUUUUUCGUCUACAGCGGAAUUGGUUCCAGGAGCUUAUCAAGCAAAUUGAUCGUGAUUGUGAAUUUUUGGAAGCUGAGAAAAUCAUGGAUUAUAGUCUCUUGGUUGGUCUACACUUCCGUGAUGACAAUAAUUAUGACAAAAUGGGACUGUCACCAUUUCUUUUGCGUUCUGGAAAGAAGGAUUCUUAUCGGAAUGAAAAGUUCAUGCGUGGGUGUCGCUUUCUUGAAGCAGAGCUUCAAGACAUGGAUCGGGUUCUAUCUGGCAGGAAAUCUCUAAUAAGAUUGGGAGCAAACAUGCCAGCAACGGCAGAGCGGAUGGUGAGGAGGAGUGAUUUUGAUCAGUAUACCCCUGGUGGAUUUAGCCAUUUGACCCCUUCUCGAAGUGAUGAAGUCUACGAAGUGGUCCUUUAUUUUGGAAUUAUUGAUAUCUUACAAGACUAUGAUAUUAGCAAGAAGUUGGAGCAUGCCUACAAAUCCUUGCAAGCAGACCCUACCUCAAUCUCAGCUGUAGAUCCAAAACUCUAUUCAAAGAGGUUCCGGGAUUUCAUUGGGAGAAUAUUUAUAGAAGACAGGUAGCAGCGGCCAAGGAUGCUUGCAAGUAAAAAGUGUUGGUUGAAUUUGAACUGCGCCUUUCCGUGGGGAACUGAUGCGGGCAAUGGUUCGAUCAAAUAAUCUGCUUGUUGCAGAGACCAAGCUACUGCAGAUUGUGGUGAAGAUAGCUCGCCAGGCCGUUUUUGAGGUGGUGCUUUUAUGGCUGAAUUUUGAAGAUCAGCCAUAAAGUUGAAGAGGGGAGAGAGGGAAAGUGUGAUUCUGAUGUCCUUUUUAAAAUAUCUCGGAGAUUUUUGUGGCGACCAAGGAUUUUGUGAAGGUUUGAAAGAUAGGUAUAGGGAACGGGGAAAUGUUAUUUUUUCCCCACAGAGAGAAGAUUCAAAACGGGAGGGGGCAUUGGAAUAAGAAAAGUGUACAGCUUAUAGAAAAGAUGAAUGGUUUAUGGGAUUUUUUUGAGGGCUAUAUAUUUAAAAAAUUGUUUAAAUCACACCUCCCAUUAGAGAGGUCCCAUGUUCUCUCGCUCUCUCAUCCUUGGACUGUUGUUUGUAUAUAAACGGGCACUCUCUGCAGUAUAGAAAUGGGGUCAUUGCUUUACUUUUGCAGUGAAAGGGAGGCCAUUGAGCAGGAAGAGUUAAGACAUGAAAAGGAGAGAAAGCACAUGAAAGAUUCGCUGUUGCUCCUUUCUUGCUCUUGCAUCCUUUGUUUAUUACCCCUUUACUUCUUUUACUGUAGACAUUGAAAUAAAAAAUAAAAAUUCAACACUUCUACUUUUGAAGAA